AUGCGUAUGCAGCGUACGCAAUGUGCACAGUGGAUGCUGUGGUAUCGCCUGGUCCUGUUCGCCUGGACCGCAGUCCUCAUCGCCGGGGGCGCUGUCGCUUGGAAAUUCAUCUCGGAGCGCGGCUUUCAUCUUCCAGCGAUUCCAGGCAGCCAGUACGACAAAGAGGAGCAGUCGUACCUGGGUUUCUUCGGUGAUGGUGUGGAUGGGGCUCAGGCUGCGCUGGUGCUUGGCAGUGAUUCUCCAGUCAUGGCGAUGACCAACGUAUCUACCUGUCAGAUCAAACCAGCUCUGCAACAAGUUGGGAGCACUGGAAACACUUUCCAGUUGGAGUUGUCCUGUCAGAAUGAGUCUGCACCUGGCGGUGGAUGUAUUACAUCUUCACAACUCAGAAGUGAAGUGUACUCGCUGGUGAGCAUGUUCAUGUCCAACAUGAUGUCGCCAGAGAAUUUGUCUCACUUCCUCGAGCUACAGGUGGAACCAAUGCUGGAUGCUGCUCCGGAGAUGUUGGCUUGUCCACAUGUGGAGGACACCUUUCAAAAAAACCUGGCAGAAGCAUCUUUCCAAGUGGAAGAGUCCCUUCGCCAGAAAAUGCCGAACUGCGACUUAGCAGUUCUGUCUUUCUGGUCUCUGCCUCCUCAACAGUUUCAGCGCAACUUGACCUUUGCAGAGUUCAAGUUUGAAGUCACGGUCACGCUCCCAGCAGGAAGCUUUUGGAAUGUUUUUCAAAAACUGCUCAGCUCCAAAAGCCAAGAACAAAUCAUGGUGGCAGUUCGUGCGCACACAUGCAACGGCUUGCCAGUUGCUGACUUCUCACAGGAGGCUCUUCAAGUGGCCAACAUUCUGAAGGAUGUUGCCGAGGCGGCAGAGGGCAUCGACGGUACCAACUUGAAAGCCGAAGUGAUGUCCUUCGCCAUCAUCGUGGAAAGUAUCAGAGAUGGGGUUGAAGUGGUGAUGGCCAUGUCAACAGGUACCCUUCCCCUUGGGAUUGCGGUCUUGGCAUACAUGGUGGGGAACCCGCGCUUGGUGAUCAUUGCCAUCAUCAAUGUACUAGCUGCCGUCACAGGUUCGGUGCUGGUCAUGGAGUGCCUUGUAACCCACCUGAUGCCGGUGAGCAUUUUCACGCCGCCCUUCUUGAUUGCAGUGGUCCUGUCCAUGUCCAUUGACUAUGCCUUGUUUCUUUUGAGCAGAUUCCAGAAGGAGACAGCAGCAGGUGCAGCAGCAGCUGAAGCCAUGGCUAUCAGCCUUUCCACAUCUGGCCGUAUCGUCGCGCAAGCUGGUGUGAUCUUAGCAUGCUGCUUUGCCUGCUUACUGAUGACGCCAGUGCAACUGGUCAGUGCUAUGGGAGCAGGUGGGCUUGUGGCGGUGGCUGUGGCCAUGGCGGCCAACCUCACCUUGACCCCAGCUCUGAUUUUAGGAACGCGACCCACUUUCUGGAUUAGCAAGCCCAAUGCACCUUGUCGACCUUGUCGUCAAGCUCCAGAGGGAGAUGCUGAAGCACCAGCAGGUGACGAAGAGUUGCAUGUUCCCAAUGUUUCCAUGGGCUUUUGGCGGAGAUUUGGGGAGCGGUUGACGAGCUGUGCCAAGCCUCUUCUGUUCUUGAUUCUACUCUCUGCAGCCCCUUGCGUUUGGAAGGACUCGAUGCCUUCUUCAGACAUGUUGGGUUUCACACCAGCCCUUCCACAAGGCUCGUCCACAGCCAAAAUCUUCCACAGCAUUGGUGAAGAGUUUGGAUAUGAAGUUCUUUUCCCCACAACAAUCGGGCUGGUGGCUCCAGCUGAAGUGAACCUGGAAGCGUGGAGGCUCCAGGCUUGCAAGGCUUUACAGGAGAUUGGGGAAGAGGUGUACAGAAGUGACUUCACGAGUUCAACCUUCAUGAGUGAAGUCAUCAUUGAUGGCAAGUGCUUGGCAGUUGAUGUUGCUGGAAGUCUGCUGAAGUGGUGGCAAACCAAUGGACAGGAAGGUACCGUCGUCUACAUCGACUACCCAUUGAAUCCUUUGUCCAUCGAUGGACAACGAUGGACCAAGAGCUUGCAGAGAGCUGUGGAAGACCAUCAUCGGGGCAGAUGGUAUGUGCAUGGAUAUGGUCCACUCUUGUCCAGCCAAUCUGGUGAGAUUCGCGAGUUCUUUCCAUAUUUGGUUGUUGCAACGGUUUGCGCGGUCCUUCUCAUUUCCAUUUGCUUCACACGAUCUGUUUUAUGGAGCUUGCGGGCCCUCCUUUGCCUGUUCUGGAUGUUAGCUGUUCUUUGGUGUUUGUCCUCCCUCGUCUUUCCUGAAGGGCUGUACUACAUUGUGCCUUCCAUGAUGUUGCCCUUCCUGGUGGGUGUGGCCUUGGAUUAUGACAUUUUCUAUACUGAGGCAGUCUUGGAAGAAUGCAAUGGUGGCCUCCCAGUGAAAAAGGCUGGCAUCAAAGCGCUUGAGAAGACUGCCAACAUCAUCACAGCAGCCGGAGUGGUCAUGAUAAUAGCCUUCUGCCCACUCCUGCUUUCUUCAACGUUAGUCUUGAAGCAGAUUGGUUUCAUGGCAAUUGGUGGUUUGUCUAUCAGUGCUUUCUGGAACACCAAAGUGGCCAUGCCCGUGUGCUUGCACUUCUUCGGGAAGCACAGCUUUUGGCCUCGGAAUUUGGAGAAAAAGCAGCGCUGCCAGCAGCCAAUUGAUGCCAUUUUCCUGGGGCACCCUGCCUACCUGGUAGAUACGUUUACCUUGUUGACCUCGCCUGACACCGAAAAGCCAUGGAGCGCAUCGUGGUGGAUGUACCUCUUCCUUCCUGUUCUUUGGCUGUUUGGUUUCGUUGGGGCACAUAUCUUGAGGCGCCUUGGCUUGCCAAAUCAUGUUGUUUUGGAUGACUACGAGUACAACGGCCUUCAUGUCCAGACUUGGGGGGUUCUGCACUUCGGCCGCCACUUUCGCAACUCUUUGGAACUUCAUGAUGCUCGACGCAACGUGAGGGCAGCAGCCAGCAGGGCUGAGAAGACCGGCGCCCGGGUGCUAGGAUUAGGUGCGCUCAACAAGGCAGAAUCUUUGAACCGUGGAGGCCUGGACUUGGUUCAACACUUGCCUUUAAGCCGAAGCAUGUGUGUGACUCAUGGAGAUCAUCUCACAGCUGCUGCAGUGGUGGAGAAUGUGCUACGGCUGGUCGCAAGGUUCCCUGAGUUUCGGGAGAAAAUCUUCAUGACCGGAGCCACGGGGAAGACCGGGAAGGCCGUUGCGCUGGCCUUAUUGCGCCGCGGUGUCUCCGUGAUGUGCCACAGUGGCAGCAAGCAAAGACGAGAUGAAUUGGAGACUCAUGGGCUAGCCACUGCAUCCCACCUGCGUGAUGGGGCUGACUGCGGCAUGUGGAUUGUGGGUAAAUAUGACCAGUUGGUGAACCAAGUCAUGCCUCUAUCUGCUGUUGCCUGUGUCUUUGCGGUGCCAAAUCCAGUUAAUCCAGUGUCCCGCUCAGAUGUCAUGGUAUAUGCUGGUGCCACCAUGCAGAUUGAUGAGUCGCGCUUGAAAGGACAACGAGCAAAUCUGAAGCUCUUACGCCAAGAGAUUUAUGCAUGCAAUGCAGCCACCCUGCUUCUUGCAUCAGGUUCCAAGCAGUUCGAUGAUUUGGGUGAAGUGGAUCCACUGACAUUGGAAGGCUACCUGGAGGGGGCUGAAUCCAUUGGCAUCACUCUGAAGCCUCUUGAAGACUUGCAUAGUAAGGGGCGGUUCAAGAUCGAAGCGUCCUUUGACCGGGAAAACUGGUGGCGAAAAAAAUGGUGGGUUCGAAGGUGCGGCGGUGGUGGGGCAUUGAGAGCUGGAGAGCUUGCAUUCAUUGGAGGCAUCAGAUGCUUCCUGCAGGAAGUUCAAAUCCAUGGCCUGCAGAGAGCGUUGAGCGCCGGGGAUGUUGCCUUCGGGGAAACUGCCAAUGCGCCUGCCUCACGCCCCAGGUCGAAACCCUCAUCGGACACGGACAGGCGCCGACGCUUGCACCAGCAGCAACGCCGGGUCCUGGUCAGGUCUCCAACUGCUGGGCUCUUAGGGAUCGGUCUAGAUUGCGAUGUCACGGCGAUGUCCGGCUCGCAGCAUGCCGUCUUGAUCAGUUUUGGUGUUGAGCUUUUGGCAUUCCUCAUCGCCGGGGGCGCUGUCGCUUGGAAAUUCAUCUCGGAGCGCGGCUUUCAUCUUCCAGCGAUUCCAGGCAGCCAGUACGACAAAGAGGAGCAGUCGUACCUGGGUUUCUUCGGUGAUGGUGUGGAUGGGGCUCAGGCUGCGCUGGUGCUUGGCAGUGAUUCCCCAGUCAUGGCGAUGACCAACGUAUCUACCUGUCAGAUCAAACCAGCUCUGCAACAAGUUGGGAGCACUGGAAACACUUUCCAGUUGGAGUUGUCCUGUCAGAAUGAGUCUGCACCUGGCGGUGGAUGUAUCACAUCUUCACAACUCAGAAGUGAAGUGUACUCGCUGGUGAGCAUGUUCAUGUCCAACAUGAUGUCGCCAGAGAAUUUGUCUCACUUCCUCGAGCUACAGGUGGAACCAAUGCUGGAUGCUGCUCCGGAGAUGUUGGCUUGUCCGCAUGUUGAGGACACCUUUCAAAAAAACCUGGCAGAAGCAUCUUUCCAAGUGGAAGAGUCCCUUCGCCAGAAAAUGCCGAACUGCGACUUAGCAGUUCUGUCUUUCUGGUCUCUGCCUCCUCAACAGUUUCAGCGCAACUUGACCUUUGCAGAGUUCAAGUUUGAAGUCACGGUCACGCUCCCGGCAGGAAGCUUUUGGAAUGUUUUUCAAAAACUGCUCAGCUCCAAAAGCCAAGAACAAAUCAUGGUGGCAGUUCGUGCGCACACAUGCAACGGCUUGCCAGUUGCUGACUUCUCACAGGAGGCUCUUCAAGUGGCCAACAUUCUGAAGGAUGUUGCAGAGGCGGCAGAGGGCAUCGACGGUACCAACUUGAAAGCCGAAGUGAUGUCCUUCGCCAUCAUCGUGGAAAGUAUCAGAGAUGGGGUUGAAGUGGUGAUGGCCAUGUCAACAGGUACCCUUCCCCUUGGGAUUGCGGUCUUGGCAUACAUGGUGGGGAACCCGCGCUUGGUGAUCAUUGCCAUCAUCAAUGUACUAGCUGCCGUCACAGGUUCGGUGCUGGUCAUGGAGUGCCUUGUAACCCACCUGAUGCCGGUGAGCAUUUUCACGCCGCCCUUCUUGAUUGCAGUGGUCCUGUCCAUGUCCAUUGACUAUGCCUUGUUUCUUUUGAGCAGAUUCCAGAAGGAGACAGCAGCAGGUGCAGCAGCAGCUGAAGCCAUGGCUAUCAGCCUUUCCACAUCUGGCCGUAUCGUCGCGCAAGCUGGUGUGAUCUUAGCAUGCUGCUUUGCCUGCUUACUGAUGACGCCAGUGCAACUGGUCAGUGCUAUGGGAGCAGGUGGGCUUGUGGCGGUGGCUGUGGCCAUGGCGGCCAACCUCACCUUGACCCCAGCUCUGAUUUUAGGAACGCGACCCACUUUCUGGAUUAGCAAACCCAAUGCACCUUGUCGACCUUGUCGUCAAGCUCCAGAGGGAGAUGCUGAAGCACCAGCAGGUGACGAAGAGUUGCAUGUUCCCAAUGUUUCCAUGGGCUUUUGGCGGAGAUUUGGGGAGCGGUUGACGAGCUGUGCCAAGCCUCUUCUGUUCUUGAUUCUACUCUCUGCAGCCCCUUGCGUUUGGAAGGACUCGAUGCCUUCUUCAGACAUGUUGGGUUUCACACCAGCCCUUCCACAAGGCUCGUCCACAGCCAAAAUCUUCCACAGCAUUGGUGAAGAGUUUGGAUAUGAAGUUCUUUUCCCCACAACAAUUGGGCUGGUGGCUCCAGCUGAAGUGAACCUGGAAGAAUGGAGGCUCCAGGCUUGCAAGGCUUUACAGGAGAUUGGGGAAGAGGUGUACAGAAGUGACUUCACGAGUUCAACCUUCAUGAGUGAAGUCAUCAUUGAUGGCAAGUGCUUGGCAGUUGAUGUUGCUGGAAGUCUGCUGAAGUGGUGGCAAACCAAUGGACAGGAAGGGCUGUACUACAUUGUGCCUUCCAUGAUGUUGCCCUUCCUGGUGGGUGUGGCCUUGGAUUAUGACAUUUUCUAUACUGAGGCAGUCUUGGAAGAAUGCAAUGGUGGCCUCCCAGUGAAAAAGGCUGGCAUCAAAGCGCUUGAGAAGACUGCCAACAUCAUCACAGCAGCCGGAGUGGUCAUGAUAAUAGCCUUUUGCCCACUCCUGCUUUCUUCAACGUUAGUCUUGAAGCAGAUUGGUUUCAUGGCAAUUGGUGGUUUGUCUAUCAGUGCUUUCUGGAACACCAAAGUGGCCAUGCCCGUGUGCUUGCACUUCUUCGGGAAGCACAGCUUUUGGCCUCGGAAUUUGGAGAAAAAGCAGCGCUGCCAGCAGCCAAUUGAUGCCAUUUUCCUGGGGCACCCUGCCUACCUGGUAGAUACGUUUACCUUGUUGACCUCGCCUGACACCGAAAAGCCAUGGAGCGCAUCGUGGUGGAUGUACCUCUUCCUUCCUGUUCUUUGGCUGCUUGGUUUCGUUGGGGCACAUAUCUUGAGGCGCCUUGGCUUGCCAAAUCAUGUUGUUUUGGAUGACUACGAGUACAACGGCCUUCAUGUCCAGACUUGGGGGGUUCUGCACUUCGGCCGCCACUUUCGCAACUCUUUGGAACUUCAUGAUGCUCGACGCAACGUGAGGGCAGCAGCCAGCAGGGCUGAGAAGACCGGCGCCCGGGUGCUAGGAUUAGGUGCGCUCAACAAGGCAGAAUCUUUGAACCGUGGAGGCCUGGACUUGGUUCAACACUUGCCUUUAAGCCGAAGCAUGUGUGUGACUCAUGGAGAUCAUCUCACAGCUGCUGCAGUGGUGGAGAAUGUGCUACGGCUGGUCGCAAGGUUCCCUGAGUUUCGGGAGAAAAUCUUCAUGACCGGAGCCACGGGGAAGACCGGGAAGGCCGUUGCGCUGGCCUUAUUGCGCCGCGGUGUCUCCGUGAUGUGCCACAGUGGCAGCAAGCAAAGACGAGAUGAAUUGGAGACUCAUGGGCUAGCCACUGCAUCCCACCUGCGUGAUGGGGCUGACUGCGGCAUGUGGAUUGUGGGUAAAUAUGACCAGUUGGUGAACCAAGUCAUGCCUCUAUCUGCUGUUGCCUGUGUCUUUGCGGUGCCAAAUCCAGUUAAUCCAGUGUCCCGCUCAGAUGUCAUGGUAUAUGCUGGUGCCACCAUGCAGAUUGAUGAGUCGCGCUUGAAAGGACAACGAGCAAAUCUGAAGCUCUUACGCCAAGAGAUUUAUGCAUGCAAUGCAGCCACCCUGCUUCUUGCAUCAGGUUCCAAGCAGUUCGAUGAUUUGGGUGAAGUGGAUCCACUGACAUUGGAAGGCUACCUGGAGGGGGCUGAAUCCAUUGGCAUCACUUUGAAGCCUCUUGAAGACUUGCAUAGUAAGGGGCGGUUCAAGAUCGAAGCGUCCUUUGACCGGGAAAACUGGUGGCGAAAAAAAUGGUGGGUUCGAAGGUGCGGCGGUGGUGGGGCAUUGAGAGCUGGAGAGCUUGCAUUCAUUGGAGGCAUCAGAUGCUUCCUGCAGGAAGUUCAAAUCCAUGGCCUGCAGAGAGCGUUGAGCGCCGGGGAUGUUGCCUUCGGGCAAACUGCCAAUGCGCCUGCCUCACGCCCCAGGCUGGGGUAUAGCCUGGGAUCACAAACGGAGAUUGCGGUUUUGGAAGUCGAAACCCUCAUCGGACACGGACAGGCGCCGACGCUUGCACCAGCAGCAACGCCGGGUCCUGGUCAGGUCUCCAACUGUUCAAGAUCGAAGCGUCCUUUGACCGGGAAAACUGGUGGCGAAAAAAAUGGUGGGUUCGAAGGUCAUGAAAAUUGCAGCCACACGGGUCGCUCGAGCACAGGACUUGCAGUUGACAUAGAGAUAUAUGUUUGCGGCGUUUUUGUUCCGAAUGUGUUUCCUUGCAUUUUCCCAAAAGACAAUCCAAAACUCCGCAGAUGCUUCCUGCCGGAAGUUCAAAUCCAUGGCCUGCAGAGAGCGUUGAGCGCCGGGGAUGUUGCCUUCGGGGAAACUGCCAAUGCGCCUGCCUCACGCCCCAGGUUGAAACCCUCAUCAGACACGGACAGGCGCCGACGCUUGCACCAGCAGCAACGCCGGGUCCUGGUCAGGUCUCCAACUGUUCAAGAUCGAAGCGUCCUUUGA